CCUAAGGCGGAUGUAGGGUUGCAGCUGCAAUUUGAAGUACAUUUUCCACAUUUUGCGGCACAAUGGCCAAUAGGGUUCGGGUACUACUUCUAUUAAUUGGCGCAAAAAUUAGGCCGUUGAAGCGACUGGCGGCAUAAAUAAGCUUCGGAUCGGACUUUCGGUCGAGUCUUUCACGCGAGAAGUGAAUUCUUUACAGGGAAAACGCAUGAAAUUUUAUUAGCAGCAUUCAAUGAAAUCUUAUAAGACAUUUCCUUCGCGACGCAAGCGGUGGCGUAAUUUAUGUAUGAAAUUUGUCUAACGGUUUAGAGAACGGUCAGUUUAACCUCAUUGGAAAUCGGGCGGCGAGCUGAUUUACUGAGCGUGCGCACAUAAAUAACAGCAAAAACAAUUAGGUAACAGUAAGUGCUAUGUAGGAAGAUGGUAUCGUUGGCGGAAAUUAACACCACAGCGGCAAUGACGCCGAGCGGCUUCUUCCGGAUAUACGGUCUCAACGUCGGCGGUGAUGACGAUGACAUCGUUCUAAAUGGCAGUGGUGAUGGUGACAACAACGAGGUGGAAAGGGUUGUUAUGGACGCUUGGAAUACAAUUGGCAGCUCAAACUCAACUAGCAACCACGCGACGAAUGUGACCUCAAUGAACUCGUCUUCGAUGACUCAGCACAACACCACAUUCGCCGAUAAUGCCAACAAUACGUCCUAUACAUGGCCAUCUGCAACGGAUGAAUCGUACAGUGACUUGGAUUUCCAAUCAUCUUCUGUAUUUGUUGGUUCUAAUUCAACGCUGCCUACAGAUAGGAAAGCAGCGAACGGAAAUGGAAUUGGAAAUGAAGGUGGGUGGUCGGUUGAUGGUAGCUAUGACACCACUGAAGGCGCACUUGAUAAUUGCACUACACCAACAAACAGUUUGUUUGAUACUGCCUUUACGACAACGGGAAGGAGUCGCGUUGCUGUUGUUGAGAACGGGGAUGAUAUCAACUUUGCUUUGAUCGAUAGUGCGGAAACGGCUAUGGGCGGCGACAAUGAUUACGAAACAGUAGAGGGUUUUAAUGGUGGUGUUGACGAAGUUGAUCGCCUACCGGACGAUAAUACUGAUUUUAUUCGCCGUUCCAGCGCAUUAGACAGUUUCGGAUCGAUAAGAAACGAAUCAUAUUACCCGAGUUUCGAUGGCGGCGGCACAAGCGUGGCGACUGCGAGAAAGGAUGUAAUUGGUGGCGCGGGCGAUAAAAGUGGUAGUUCAUUCAUGCUGAUGCUUGAAGACUUUGGCGAUUAUUUUUUUAAUUUUAACGGAACCGGCAGCGGGGUCGGUGAUGGUGUCGCGUUUUCGGAAACACAAUCUACAAUAAGCACAUUAAAUGCGACCGACUUCCUUACACGAACUAAUUGCUCAAAUAUAACGGAUUUGUGUGUGGAGCCAUAUGAUGAAAUUGAUCCGAAUUAUUGGGGGCUUACGUUGAUGGUGUUUCCUGUGCUAACAUUGUUCGGUAAUAUUUUAGUGAUCCUUUCAGUGUGCCGCGAACGAUCCUUACAAACGGUUACGAAUUAUUUUAUCGUGUCUUUGGCAAUAGCCGAUCUACUAGUUGCUGUCGUGGUAAUGCCGUUUGCGGUUUAUGUUUUGGUGAAUAGAGGACGUUGGGAUCUUCCGGGUUUCAUAUGUGAUUUUUAUAUAGCUAUGGAUGUGAUAUGUUCAACAUCAUCGAUCUUCAAUCUAGUGGCGAUAUCGAUAGAUCGGUAUAUUGCUGUGACGAGACCCAUAGAAUAUGCGAAACACCGGAACAGUAAACGUGUCUGCAUGACUAUCGUAUUCGCCUGGGCAAUUUCAGCGGCUAUCGGUCUACCAAUAGUUCUGGGCCUCAACAACACACCUGAUCGCAUUCCGCAACUUUGUAUAUUCUAUAACAGUUUUUUCAUUCUUUGCUCUUCGUUAAGCAGUUUCUACAUUCCCUGUACAAUUAUGGUUUUCCUAUACUGGAAUAUUUUCAAGGCACUGAAUAUGCGAGCCAAGAAGCAACGCGCCGCGCGAAGGCCGCACCUAUCGGAGCUGACGGGUGGCAGCGUCAUUGAGAAUGUAGCACAAACACGCAGGCUGGCCGAAACGGCGCUGGGCAGCGACAGGCACGCGGUCCGCAUAAUUCCUGACGAGCCGGCGACGAACACAGCGUCGGGGUCAAACGAGGAAGAGGAAGAUCCCGGCGGUGGUGCCAUAUCGCCGGACAUCGACGAUUGCCAUGUCAUCGUCAAUGACAAAUCCACAGAAUUUAUGCUAGCUACCGUAGUGGAGGAGACUGGCAUUGUUGUGGCGCAGAUCAGCAGUCCACCACAACUUGUGGUGGCCGAUCCAAAUGGUAAUCAUGAUUCUGGUUAUGCACCCUCAAACGUUGACGAUGUCCUUGCAGGCGCAGCCGCCGAUUCGUCGCCGCCGGAUAGCCCGGAGCCUAGUGGGACAUACAAACGGUCCAGUGUGAGCAGCAGUAGACGCAACACCGCUACUGGUGAUUCACCUACCCAACGGGAGCCUUCCCUCAGUGUUGCGAUGAAGCCGCUGUCCUUCGUUCGCUGCGGGGUUCAAGGAGCAAUUACACUGGCACGCAACGACUCCACACUUUCAGCAGCGUCGAAGAGCUCAUCGCGUAAAGACAAGAAAAACUCGCAGGCCUCGAGGUUCACAAUAUACAAAGUACACAAAGCUUCGAAGAAAAAGCGCGAAAAGUCGUCGGCGAAGAAAGAGCAGAAAGCCACCAAAACUCUCGCCAUCGUUCUGGGUGUCUUCCUGGUUUGCUGGUUGCCAUUCUUCACGUGCAAUCUGUCGGAUGCGAUCUGUGCUAUGUUGAGCAUAAGCUGGCGGCCAGGCGUCACCCUCUUCAUAUUCACCACCUGGCUGGGCUACAUCAACAGCUUCGUCAAUCCCAUCAUCUACACGAUCUUCAACCCAGAGUUCCGCAAAGCAUUCAAAAAGAUCAUGCACUUAGGGUGAUUAACAUCAACGCUGAUCGGACCAGUCUGCGCUAAAGUAAACGCGAACGUGCAAAGUAAUGGGCAUAAAUACAUUUUUAUAAUGAUAACGGUGGAAUUGGGCAAAAUAUUUCUUCAUUAUAAUAGCAAUAACAAAAACUAUAAAUAUACUAACACACGCAUUACCCGUCGCAGCGACAAGGGUCACAAACAUUACUUCGCGAUUUUAUAGACGACAGCCCGCACAUGCAACAAACUCAACAAUAACAACCACUUAUAAAUAUAGACACAUAUAUGUACUAAUUACAAUAAC